AUGGCCAUGAGAGGACUGAUGAACACAAGCAACCUGUUCCUUUCCAGUAUGAACAAGUCCUGGCUUAUCAAAUUGUCCUCCAAAAUAGUAUUCAGAGGAACAUCAGCUAGGUUUCUUUGCCUUAAGCUUGGGAGGUCCAACGAUGCAUCAGACAAGGAAAACAACAUUUUAGUGAACAAUCUGGAAGGUAUGGGUGUGGAUGUCAGAAUGGUGAGACAAAGACAGCCCGGUGUUCUGAGGAAGCAGAUUACAAAUGAAGAAGUCCUGAAGAAGUUUUUGCAAGCCAAAGGAGCUAGCAAAGAAACUGUCGCCAGUAUUAUCUCGCGGUACCCACGUGCCAUUACACGCUCGUACCAGUCUCUCAAAGAACGCUGGGAAAUCUGGCGAAGUAUUUUAAUGACUGACCUGGAAAUUUUAACGAUCCUGAAACGUUCCCCAGAAUCCUUUUUUCGUUCUGGAAAUAAUGAAAACAUGCAUAAAAAUAUAGCAUUUUUUUGUUCACUUGGGCUGACAUCCGAUGAUCUUGGCAAGAUGCUUACCAGAACUCCAAGAGUAUUUUCUAACACUGUGGAGCUCAAUAAGCAAAUGGUGGAGCUCCUGUGUGAAAUCUAUUUAUCUCUAGGAGGUGAGAAUCCAUAUGACUUUGUUAAGCAGUUGAUUUCUAAAAAUGUUUUCAUCUUCUUACGGAGCAGCAAGCAAGUGAAAGCUAAUGUUAAUUUUCUGCAGUCAUCUUUUAAUCUGGACAACCAGGAAUUACUGACUUUGCUUCACGGUCAAGGUGGCGAUGUUCUAGAUCUUUCCAAUGAAUACCUUAAAAAAACUCUUGCAAAUGUGAAAGAGAAACUGUUAUCUCAUGGGUGCACUGAAAAUGAAGUGGAUAUGUUUGUGCUGAAGCACCUUCGCAUUCUGUACCUUUCUCCCCAGAACCUGAAUGAUAAAAUAGAUUUCCUCUUACAGGCAAAUAUUGACAUCCAGCAAAUAGUGAAAUGCCCUCUAGUUUUAGACAAAAGUAUCAGCACUACGAGUUGUCGAAUUGAGGAGCUGGAGAAACUAGAUUAUAAUUUUACAAUCCAUGGACUUGGAAUUCUUGCACUGAGUAAACAGCGGUUUGCACUUAAACUGGAAAAGUUGCGUACAUAA